AAGGGGUUUGGGUGAAGUUCAGGAGAGCACUUGUGACUUCCUGAUGUUCAGCGUGGCAGGGCUGGGUCAGCGCUGACUGAAAACAUCUGCAAACCUGUUUUGUGAAGAAUUUGUUGAAUUUGAAGUAUUUGGGGUUUUUUUCCGCAAUAGCGGAAGGAGAAUAUACGCAUCAUUUUUGUAACUUCACCUCCCAUCUUUGUCUCUUUGCCACAGAGAGCUGUCAAACGAGCAAGAUCCUAAGCGUGUCCAAAGUGUCCCUCAGUUUCUCUCUUUACUUUUUGCCUCUUAACUUGCACAAAGUUAAGGAAAAAGUUUAAGCAUCAGAAGAAGAGAAAUAAAAUGGAAAAGAUUUCACACCCUUAGAGUUUGGAGGCUGUUUCACUCUGCAGCAAGACUGCGAAAGGAGAAAUGACACCGCUCAAAAUCUGGAUGCUUCUGAAUCUUUGGUUUGGAAGCAAGAAACGGUCUUAAAAUAGGUUUAAACAGGAACUUUCACAAGAAACUGAGGAAAAAGGCUUCCACCCCCCACCAUAUUACAUCAAAAAAAAAAAACAAAAAACACACAUGCACAACCCAAAAUGACAUUGGCUGCUCUUGGGAAGCACCCCGGCUGCAGCCCUUGCUUUCUGCCGGGCGACUCAGCCUUAACGGGCUGUGCCGUACGGGGGACGGACGUGGGGCGCGUGGAAAAUGCCGAAAGGGAGCAAGGAAGCCCGGGAGGCUGGAGAGCGUGCGCUGCUCCGCCGUGGGCUCUCCUUCCCCAGGCAGUUCCCACGCGGCCCUGGGGACGCUGCCCAGAUCCCCCCGGGGUGGCCGAGUGAUGCUGGCAGUGAGCAUGCAGAGUUCAGAGGGUGGAUCAGACUCAGCAGCUUCUGUGGCUCUUCAUACUUCAGCUUCAGCCCAAGCUCCAGUAGUGCAGCCCGUGCCAGCAUCUCAGCAGAGGGUUUUGGUCCAAGCAGCAGGCUCCGCUCCCAAAGGAGCGCAGAUGCAGCAGCUCUCUGUUCAGCAGGUUCCACAACAGGUGCAAUCUGUGCAGCACGUAUAUCCAUCCCAGGUCCAGUAUGUGGAAGGAGGAGAAGCUGUUUAUACCAAUGGAACCAUACGAGCCGCCUACUCCUACAACACCGAAGCUCAGAUUUACGCCCCCAGCAGCGCAGCUUCCUAUUUCGAACCGCAGGGAGGUGGAGCUCAGGUGACUACAGCGGCAUCCUCUCCUACGGCCAUUCCCUCUCACAACAUGGUGGGCAUCACCAUGGACAUUGGGGGAAGUCCGAUCCUCUCCGGCUCGGGAGCCUAUCUCAUUCAUGGGGGGAUGGAAAACACUAGACAUUCUCUGUCACAUACUUCACGCUCCUCUCCAGCAACGCUUGAAAUGGCGAUUGAAAACCUACAAAAAAAUGAAGGGAUUACAUCACACAAAAGCAGUUUGCUCAACAGCCAUCUCCAAUGGUUGUUGGACAACUACGAGACAGCGGAAGGCGUUAGCCUUCCCAGGAGCUCUCUAUAUAACCAUUACCUGCGGCACUGCCAGGAGCACAAACUGGAUCCAGUGAACGCUGCUUCCUUCGGAAAACUGAUCCGCUCGGUGUUCAUGGGGCUGCGGACUCGCCGCCUGGGAACCAGGGGCAACUCCAAACAGCAGCAGCCCAUCCACCAGAAACAGAGGUAUAGACCAGCACAGAAGAUGGAUGGCACGGCAGAGAGUGGAUCCAACAGUAGCCUGCACACUACUCCUGAACAAUCAGUUGCUGCUCAAAGUCAACAUCAUCAGCAGUUCAUAGACGUAACCCAUGUCUUUCCGGAGUUCCCAGCCCCUGAUCUAGGUAAUGUCCUCUUGCAAGAAGGGGUCACUAUGAACGAUGUCAAAACCCUGCAGCUUCUUUACAGACGGCACUGUGAGGCAACUUUGGAUGUUGUAAUGAACCUUCAGUUUCAUUAUAUUGAGAAACUAUGGCAAUCCUUCUGGAGUCCUAAAACACCAUCUAGUGAUGGCUCUACUACCCUGCCAUCCAGUGAAGAAGAACAUGAAGGGACCCUCCCAAAAGAUAAGCUGAUCACUCUGUGUAAAUACGAACCAAUCCUCAAAUGGAUGAGAAGCUGUGAUCAUAUCCUGUACCAGGCCCUGGUGGAGAUUCUCAUCCCUGAUGUGCUCAGGCCGGUGCCCAGCACACUGACACAGGCAAUUCGUAAUUUUGCCAAGAGCUUGGAAGGGUGGCUAAUGAACGCAAUGAGUGAUUUCCCCCCGCAGAUUGUCCAGACAAAGGUCGGGGUGGUGAGUGCCUUUGCGCAGACGUUGCGGAGAUACACGUCCCUGAACCACCUGGCUCAGGCAGCUCGUGCGGUGCUCCAGAACACCUCCCAGAUAAACCAGAUGCUCAGUGAUCUCAAUCGGGUCGACUUCGCCAACGUGCAGGAGCAGGCCUCGUGGGUGUGCCAGUGCGAGGAAGGCAUGGUCCAGAAGCUGGAGCAGGAUUUCAAGCUCACGCUGCAGCAGCAGAGCUCUCUGGACCAGUGGGCUAGUUGGCUGGAUAAUGUCGUCACCCAAGUCCUAAAGCAUCACGAGGGCAGUCCCAGCUUCCCCAAGGCAGCCAGACAGUUCCUGUUGAAGUGGUCUUUCUAUAGCUCCAUGGUGAUCCGUGACCUCACCUUGCGCAGCGCUGCCAGCUUCGGUUCCUUCCACCUAAUUCGCCUCCUUUAUGAUGAGUACAUGUUUUAUCUGGUAGAGCAUCGUGUUGCCCAGGCAACAGGGGAGACUCCAAUUGCCGUAAUGGGAGAGUUUGGUGACCUCACGUCCAUGUCCCCAACACUGCUGGACAAAGAUGACAUUAGUGACCUGGGGAGCGAGGUGGACACAGAUUCCCGGAGCAUGGGGGAGCCGCUCGUGAAGCGAGAGCGCAGUGACCCUGGACACUCGCUGCAGGAGAUCUAAAAUGGGGACUUGACUUUUCUCCAGCUGGACGAAGACUUCCGGAGCCAGGUUUGACAGCCUCAAGCCUGAGUCUCCCCAUAUCUGCAUUAUUAGUGCCUCUUAGUUUCUCUUUAUGUUUACUUCUAUUUGAGGAAGGGUUCCUGGUGGUGAGCUGAGGUGGGUGGUGGGAAGGGAUUGCAGACUGUCCAUGUGGGAAGAACAUGCAGGACGCCUGCUGUCCUCCAUCUCUCUACCAGUAGAAGCAGCACAACUGGGUGGAGGGUGAAGGUCCAAAGUCUGCUAAAGAGAGAACGAAGCCUCCAUGGUUAGCAGUGGAUCCCAUGUGCCUGGUUAGGAGGAAAGGCUGUGCUCAACCAGUCAGGACGCUUUGGAGCAGCGUGAGCAAGGUGGGCAAAUGAGGCUUUCUCUUUCAGGGAAGGUGGUUUGGGUUUCUUCCCCACUUCUCAGACUUCACUGUGAUACAAACUUGAACCAAUCAGUGCCCAAGAAGAAGGAAAAGUACCUGACCCUUCUCCUACAGUCUUGCAAGACAAGCUGUCCUGGCUCUGACUUUGCCAAAUCGUUCGUGCUGAGGGAGAACAGCACAACACGAUGUUCUCCUGUACCGCCUGGGGAGCGGGAUCCGGGCUGUUCACCACCCCAAUCCCUGCAGCGUGGUGCACGAACGCACUUUGGGACUCAAGGACGCAGCUUUCCUACCCGCUCCUGUGUCCUGCCAGCUGCGCUUUUUGUGGGUGAUCUGCGAAUAAUCCCAGGACUCUGUCAGGCCAACUCCAGAUACCAAAGGACUCUGAGGACAUGGCAGCCGGUCACAAAGCUUGUUCCUUGCCCUCUGAUGCCCAGCCUCACUAGAGCAUCCAUGCAGAGGGGAAUUAAUCCCACAUCCUGGGCUCCCAGCAGGGUUUCCUCACUUGACAUCCAGCUAAAAUACUGAACAUAGGGUGCAGGUGGCCCCGCACGUGGACCCAUGGCUGGAGCGUGGACAAGGUGUGAGAGUGCAGUGCCUUAGGGUGGGCCGCGUGCCUGCUUUCCCCGCCGCUCUGGGUGAGCCCGCACCGCAGGGUGUUGCUCAGACCGAAGUCAAAACACAGCAACUGUGUCCCGUGUAGCAGUGAGGGACUCUCCACGGGGGCCCCGUGGCCGCCGGCGGUAUGCUCGACACUACAGCGGCGUUUCCCUUUGCUGUAUCGCUUCGCCUUUUCCUGCCUUGUCGUUGUGGUGGCAGCUCCCCGCGGGGGUCUCUGAGCUGGGGGGGGCCUCAGCUGUGGUUCGUUCAUCCUUUCCGUGCCCUGUAGGUUUGCCCGGUAUCACGGACAACAGGGCAGAGGGGGAGUGGAAAUCCAUCACCAAGCCAAACUGCGACAGCAAACGCAAAACCCCAGUGCAAAUCUUUCUGUGAAUAAAUGCCGUGUCAUAAAUAGCUUUUAUUAUUAUUAUUUCUAAUGAUGUUUUAUACCAGUAUUUGAUGUGAGCUUUUCCAGGGGCCUCGUGUACAUUUGCGUAUCAGAGUAUAUUCUAUCUGAAUAAUAAUAUUUACUCAUUAAAAAUGGUACUAAGGUAGCUGUGACACUUUAAAAAAAAAUGCUAAUGGAAAGUAAAAAGAAAGUGUGUAUAGUGGCACAUCUUUCCCUCUUACUGUCCCGUGCUGUUGUCUGUCAGGGUGCUGUUUGUCUGUAAAUGUCUCCUAUCAAAGUCGCAGGAGAGAAAUGAGAAAGCUGGAUUUAUGUUGUAAAUAAUGGCAGUGAAUACUCCCUGGUCCAGAAUUCGCACUUCAGAUCCUGCUGAUGAGAUAAGAUGGUCUAAAACCAACUGAGCAACCACGUCUUAAAUUCCCCUGCUCCUGCAGAGUGUGAUAUUAACUUCAGCUGGUGCACUGGCUCUCCUUUGCAGCCGCGACCAACCGAACCCAGCCACCUCCUGCUUGCCACGGACGCGCAGACGAGGUGCUCUGGAGCUGUGCAGCACAGUGCAAGGAGUCUGGAUACCCGCCCUCAGCCCCAUAUGCACAAAAAUCCCAGCUAAACCUGAAUAGCAAUAAACAUAUAUCAAAUGCUCAGGCCUGUA